CAACUUCACACCGGAAGUGAGACUGUGGCGCUCUCUAGUCCCUUCUUGGCGUCCUAGAUGUUGCAUUCUUCCGCCUCCGUGUCUUUUUGGGCUGCUGACGGCACCUGAGCAGGGCAGGGCGGAACUGGCAGGCGAUGGAGCUGUUGUGGCUGCUCGAGGGGCUGGCGGCCCUGGCAGUCGCUGGGCUGGGUCUGAUCGUUGUUAUUGCACAUAUAACUGCAGUAAAGACCCCAAAUCUUAAUCGACAUGAUGAUGAAAAGUUCUUUCUAACUACUGAAGACAAGAAGGAAUCUGUGCCCAGCAUCCAUGACCCUCCAACAUGUGAACUUUCAGUUGUUGUACCUUGCUAUAAUGAGGAAGAACGGUUACCAUCAAUGAUGGAUGAAGCUUUAGACUAUCUAGAAAAGAGGCAGAAGCAAGAUCCUGCAUUCACAUAUGAGGUCAUAGUGGUUGAUGAUGGCAGCAGAGAUCAAACAACAAAGGUUGCCCUGAAGUAUACCCAAAAAUACGGUAUUGACAAAGUGAGAGUCCUCCCUCUGGUGAAGAAUCGUGGAAAGGGGGGAGCUGUCAGGAUGGGUGUCUUCAGUUCACGAGGGAAAAAAAUACUCAUGGCAGAUGCUGAUGGAGCCACAAAAUUUGAAGAUGUUGAGAAAGUAGAAAAGGGUCUUGAAAGUCUUCAGCCUUGGCCAAACCAGAUGGCCAUUGCUUGUGGCUCUCGGGCUCACUUGGAGAAAGACUCAAUAGCACAGCGGUCUGUCUUCCGAACAGUUCUCAUGUAUGGAUUCCACUUUCUAGUAUGGUUUCUUUGUGUCAAGGAAAUUAAAGAUACCCAGUGUGGUUUUAAACUAUUAACCCGGGAGGCUGCAUCCCAGACUUUUUCUGCUCUUCAUAUAGAGCGCUGGGCAUUUGACGUGGAACUUCUUUAUAUAGCUCAGUGCUUUAAAAUGCCAGUAGCAGAGGUUGCUGUCAACUGGACAGAAAUUGAAGGUUCUAAGUUGGUUCCCUUCUGGAGUUGGUUGCAGAUGGGCAGGGACCUUCUUUUUAUACGACUGCGAUAUUUGACGGGGGCCUGGCAGCUUGGAAAAAGAAAAAAUUAAUUAGAUUUGCACUCAUCAAAAGGAUUGUUUUAUAUAAAAACUGUGGUGAAUUAUUUCAGCAAUAUGAAAUAAGGGGAAAGCUGAGGUUACUCUUUAUUCUUGUUGUUUUUUGCUGAACGUUGUGAAUCUGUUCUUUAAAUUGCCAAGAAUAUUAAUGUCCUAUAAAUGCCUUUUCAAGUAUUCUACUUUUUGCAACUGGGGAUCAGCUGUUUUACUUUGGUAGCAACUUUUAAAAAUUUUGUUCCUUGUUUGCAUAAGAUACUGUUGGGAAGCCAAGAAAAACAUGUGGUUUUAACAAACAACCCAUGAAUUGCUGUUUUGCUAUAAGGCCUGUCACUGGAGCUAUCCAAAACAUUGUUUGUGUAUUUAUGCACAAGAGAAAUCUCUUGAACAUACAAGGUGGUUGCCUUGAUUGAAAUAGGGGAUAAUCCCCAAAAUCAGUGGAUUUGAAUGUUUGCUGCCUUAAAGUUACUGGACACUGAAAUUUCCAAAACUGCAGCAUCCUUUUUCUAGGAGUACAACAGAUGAAGCAAAGUUGGACACUUUUAGGUUCUGUUGCUUUUAGUGGAGGAAUAUUGUACAUAUGUUGAAUUCUCCCAUUGAAUUUUGCAGGUACAAAAGUGCUUAACUUUAGCUAGUAUACACUAAAGGUAACAUCUGUGUGAGAGAAGGUAUGCUUAAUAAUGUAAAUAAGUUUAAGACCAGGAAAUGUUUGUGCAACAGGCUUUGCUGGCAUCAGAUUUUUACAUUAAUUAUGACCAAGGAGAAUUAUGAUUGUGUACUAAGAUUUGAAUACAAUAGAAAACAUCUGUAAUUCCAGCAAUUUUUCAAGAUUUUUUCAUAUGUAUCAUAUAUCAAGGAACAUGAAAUUUCAAGAUGAUUCUUUAAGCUGUUUGAGGAUCAAACAGCUGAGAUCUUUUGAACUGCUUUCUCAGACUACUGCCAUAUUCAUAGUCUAGAAUCUAGACUCUUUGUUUCUUAUGGGUAAAAGCCAAACAGAACACAAUAUGCAGAACUGCACACAUUUGUUUUAAGAUUGGCUUCUAUUUCUCCCCACCCCCUGUCCAUUGUCACACUACUUCUGUAACAGUAUUGUCAGGAUUCCCUUAGCUUUUCUGAAUGAAUAAAGAUAUAUUGAAAAAUU